UCUCACCCGACGCACUUGAGCUACGCGACCCUCCCGAGCCAAACUGGUACCCAAUGGUUCUCCACUCAUGAUAAAUCUGCGUGUGUGUUAUGCGGCUUCGCUGGGCAUUGCCAAAAGGGUCUCUCCGGAAGGGCCUCGACUCUGUCCACCAUUCCCCUCCAAUACUUGCUCUCUCACUUAUCCACUCACCCAAGGCCCUCGGCCCGGCAACUCCGCUACAAUAGACGCAUACAAUCCGGAACAGUAAUUCUACUAGUCCUGCUUCAACGCCAAAUCUAGCGAGAGAGAAGGUGUUGGCA